GUUCGGACGAGGUCUUUUACCGUAACUGGGAGUAUGUGGUUACUUUUCGACGGACAUGGCAGCUGUUGCCAAACAGCAGCUGCUCUUGAGCUCAACAUGAGUCUACUAUCCUUGUUUUACGGUCUGAAGCAGCGAUAUAUGAUCGAUAAUAUUGCUUCAGUUGGCUUGUUUCGCUGGCUUGUAGGUUCCUGUGGUUAGCUUAGCCUGUUGUACUUUGAUCUUUGAUAUCGACGUUGCUGCGUUGACGCGGCGGAAGCGACGAGCGGAACCAAAACUGUCAUAUUAAAAGUCAACAAUAACCAGGUGAGCUCCGCGACUUAAAUGAGCAGAAUGUGAUCAAGGAACCUGCUUGUCAGCACAGUUUGCACAUCAGGCUGAUACAGAAACAACAGGGCUGGACAGACCUGGAACUUCUUUGUUUACAAGAUGAAGAUGUGCCAAUAGCUGGAUCAGUUUUCCUCAGAGCUAUCAGUUCACAGCAGAGUUAUCUGAUUUCACUGCCUCAAAACAAACCGUUUUCAAUGUUGAUCUGAAGAGUUCGAAUCAAACCUCAUUGCUUAUUGGAGUAAUUUGAGCUGCUGACAGGGUUCAAUUCUUCGUUUUCAUCAAUGCGUCAAUGGAAGGUUUUCUUCAGUCAGCACAUGCGAUGGUCCAACGCUUUGACUCAAGCCCUCACCCUGUCCGUCAUCACAUUCUGCGUCGUCCUGCCUCUGUGCUGCCACCGCCUGCUCUACUCCUACUACUUCUUCAGGUUCACGUACCUGAACUCCAUGAGCGAUGAGGUCCUACAGAAGAGCCUUGAGCGAGGCCAGGAUGCUCUGCACUUCUGGCAGAGCGGCUCUCCAAUGGAGUCGACCAGAUUCAGCGACGUCGCCCAGAAUCCGGAGCUGCUGGUGACCGUGGUGACGGCCAGGCGCAACGAGGGACGGGACUUCCACUACCUGCUCCAGGUGAUGCAGCAGCUGAGCAGGAUCGCGGGAGGCUGUGGGGGUCGGCGAUGCGCCGAGGUGCUGCUUUGUGACGUGGAGAGCGGCCCCGAGGAAAACCAGGACGCAAAGCUGCUGGAGGGUCAUUUCAAGGUCAUACGGCGUUCAUCUCAAGAGCAGCAGGUCAACAGGGAGUCGCCCAACACCUUCGAGAGGGAGAAGAGGGAUUACGUGUUCUGUCUCCGCCAGGGAUGGGAGCUGGUCAAGCCCCAGAACAUGAUUCUCCUGGAGGACGACGCUCUGCCUGGAGAGGACUUCUUCAGAGUGGUUAAGGAUCUGCUUUCUCGCCGGUUCGCCCUCCACACGCUCUACAUCAAGCUGUAUCACCCUGAAAGGCUGCAGCGCUACUGGAACCCUGAGCCGUACCGCAUCCUGGAGUGGGUGGGGCUCGGUUUGGUGGGGGCAACCGCGCUCCUCCUGUCAAUCCCUUACUGUAACCCCGGCUCCCUCUCCUUCACUCUGUCAGCCAACCACCUCGUCUUCUUCACCCUCUACUUUAUGGUGACCGCCGAGCUGAUAGGUAGGCACUACCUCUUAGAGGUGCGGAGAAUCUCCCCGCAGCUCUACGCCGUCUCCCCGGCAACCGAGUGCUGCACCCCGGCCAUGCUUUUCCCCGGCAACGCCUCGCUAAGGGUGGCGGACUUCCUGGAUGGCUCGUUUUGCUAUAAAGGGAACGCCAAGGAUACGGUUCUUUACCGCAAGGCCAGGACCACUCCUGGAGAAAGAGCGCACAGCGUGGAACCCAACCUUGUCACGCACAUCGGGGCCUAUUCCUCAGUCAGGCCCAACCCAUUGAGGCCCAAACUCCUCUAAAAAAGCACUUCACUGCAAAAACACAAAAUAUUACCAAGUUUUUUUUGGUCUAGUUUUUAGUGCAGAUAUAUUAGUACACUUAGAAUAAGACACAAAUAGCUUAUAAGUAACUUUUCAUCAAGAUAAAGUAGCUUAUGUUAGCUCAAUAAUUUCUUAGCAUUGAUGAAAAAGUACUAGUUCCUCUGGCAGAUUAUUUGACUUAUGGGAAAAAUGUCUUGUUAUGCACUGAAACAAAAAAUUGAGCUCCAGCUUAUAAAAAAUGUAGUUAAUUUGUUACAUGUGAUCACAUUAAGUUUUCCUAGCUAUAAUAUAACUUAAAAAUAUUUACAUGGAUUAACUUAAUUUGAUUACUUGUAACAAAUUAACUCAUUUUUUAAAGUUGGAUCACAGGUUUUAUUUUUUCAGUGUAAGUGAACUACUACUUUUUUGUCACUUUUAAGGAAUUAUUUUCUUAAAACAUGCACCUAUAUAUUGCAGAAAAUUUACUUGUGAGCUAAUUUGGUCUUAUUUCAAGUGUAUUAAGAUAUUUGCACUAAAAAUUAUUGUUAAGAUGUGUUUUUGUUGUAUUUGGUUCACUUUUUUCUGUGACAUCAUAAGGGCAGAACAUGUUGAUUUUUGGUUUGGAAAUGUUAUCAUGAAUGUUUAGACAGGUUGCAAAUCUUUAGCUUUGUUUGCCUGAGUUUUACUUUACUUUACUCACUCUUUUCCACCUGAGUUGCACUUUUAGUUUCAGCUGCCUGCACCAGUUUCUGCCUUUUGGAUUAAGUUAGUUUCAGGUGAAAAAUAAAAUAAAAUAAAAGCUGCCUGUUGCAUAAAAAGCAAUACAACUGAGUGGGGUAGCUUUAAUUGUUUUCUAUAUUUAAAAACAAAGGUGAUUAGCUUUUCAAAUGGGUUCUGGUAUUUUUUUUAAAUUAUUUACCCAUAUUUAUGGAUACGUAUGUUUGCUAUGGGAUGUUUUAAAUUCACUUUAAAAACUGAUGAAUUAAAAAGUUUUUUCUAAAAUCAUGUUAUAAUCUAGUAGAAGAAAUGUGUUUACGUGAAUCUGUUAAAUGUCAUCUACAACCAGCAGGUCAUCAGGAGUUAUUUUGGCUUGAUCUGGGGUCUUAAUUUGAAAUAUUUCCAUAAGUCAGCUGGCCCAAAAAAUAAGCAAUUGGCAAAGUCUAAAUUUAGGAUUUUAAUGGCAACUUCACUAGCAAGGACCAUGCCACAAAGAAGAUUGGUGAAGGGAUGAGGGAUAAAGGGAUGAAUGAUCUUGAUUUGGUCAUUGGGGAGAAUGAUGGAGGGCUUGGGAAGUGAAGACUCUGUGUUUGGUCUUUGGGAAACGGCCAAUUAAACCUGUAUCCAUUUUGUUUUAUAACCUUGUCUUUGCAGAUUGAUUUGCUUUGCUUUACUUUUAAAAUUGGACCAGGCCAAACAGUAUAUCCUGAUGCUGGAAAUCUUUGGGAAUCUGUUAAUUUAACUUGUUGAUUUUGAGCUGAUGAGUUGUACACUUCACUUAACCUCUUUGAAAUAUGAUUAAAGUAAAAAUGUUUAAAGUUAUUUAAACAUUGGGAUAACUAGAAGAGGCUUUUUUUUCUUACAGUUUGUCUGCAGACUAUAUGAGUUUUUACCUAAUCCUUGCAGUUUAUAUGUGGUUGUCCAACAUGUUUCUGUAAAGAGUUUUAAAGCAGAUUUUUUUCUGGGGAAAACAAAGAAAGCUGUCUUAAACAGCAGAUGUUUUUAGACUUAAACUGCUGUCAGAAUGCUGUAAAACCAAACAUAUCAGGGGGUUGGCUGUAUAUUAUACAAUUAUAUAAAGAAUAAACACCAUUUUUUAGUGAAUAAAAACUUUAAGAGAAUACUAAACCAAAUUACUGUGCAGGAUCUCAUGUUUCUGGAUCUUUAAUUUGAUGUUUCUUAUAAGCUUUACAAAGCAGAGUAAAUCACUGUUUUCAUUGAUUCUUUAACUGAUGUUAGUGAAUGUAUGAAUGCCUGUACCUCUCAAACUGCUGCUGAAGUGACUAAACAAAUAAGAUAAAA